GUUUUCCGGCGAAAAAAACGAAUCUUUAAUGGCGAAGAAAGGAGGAGCAACGCUAGCUGAGGAUGCACCAUGGCGAGUUUCGUCAGGAAGACCAGUGCCUAAGAUCAGUCGCUCUCCGGUUUUAUCUAUCUCUCAAAACCCAGAAUCCGAUUACGCCAUUUCCGUCAUGAAGCAUCCGAAUCCAGUGGGAGGUGGGUUUGCGAUGGAAGCUGUACUUGAAUCUGCAGGACCUGAAUGCGUUGUCCCUGGCCAAGUUACACCUCUUCGGUUACUUGGUGUUAAGGUGUGGCCAGUUGAAGUUGAUCUUAAAUUCUUGGAACCUGUGGGAAAAGAGCUGAAAAUGCUUGGGAAGUUCAUGGACAACGCCGUCGAGCUGAUGAAUAAGUCCUUCAUUGACCGCUAAGCACUAUGGAUAACGGGUUAUAUACUUGUCAAGGUUCUACACCUGGAGUUUUGGAACUGCGGGAGAUCUGUCUAGUCGCCAGAACUUGUUAGUGGCAGAGAGAUCUGAUAUGAGCAAAGUUGAAUAUGGUGUGUAUUUGUAUAGAGGAUUUUACAGACAGAAUCUAUAUACUAUCAAUCAUUGGUUUGAAUGACAGUUUUAAAAAUGUCUUUAAAGGUUUAUCUCUCCAAUGUUCUUCAAGUUUUCCAGUCAUCCUCUUUUGAGUUCCAAAAUGGGAUCAAGAAUAAAGCAUCUUUCAUCAA